CCCAUAAUUCUCAGUGACAUCUUCUUCGUCUUCUCACUCUCAACGCCUCUGCUACAAGAACAAUGACAAUGGCUUCCUGUUCCAUCCCUCUUCUCAAUCUCUCCACCAAACCCGCCAUUAAAGCCGCACUAAUCCCUCACUACUCCGCCAUCAAAUCUCGCCACUGUUUUUCUCUCCCCCUUCUUCCCUCCAGACCCGCAAAAUCUCCCGCCAUUCGCAUGUCCUACAAUCCUACUCCAGCCACCGACCGCCUCAUCUCCGCCGUCGCCUACACUCUCCCCUUCUUCAACUCCCUCCAGUAUGGUCGAUUCCUCUUCGCUCAGUACCCGGUUCUCGGCCUCGCCUUCGAGCCGCUGCUCCCGAUUCUAGGGCUUUAUCGCUCGAUCCCGCACUCGAGCUUCAUCGCCUUCUUCGCCUUUUACUUGGGCGUGGUCCGUAACCCUAGCUUCAGUCGCUACGCGAGGUUCAAUUCGAUGCAGGCAUUGACUCUGGACGUGCUGCUGGUGGUGCCGUUGUUGGUACAGAGGAUUCUGAGUCCUGGUCGAAGCGGAUUAGGGUUUCAGAUCAUGGCUUGGAGCCAUAAUGGAUUGUUUGUUUUCAGUGUUUUGUGCUUUCUUUAUAGUGUGGUUUCCUGCAUUCUGGGUCGAACCCCUCACCUACCCAUUGUUGCUGAUGCUGCUGGCAGGCAGGUUUAGCUUCAGGGAUCAAAAUGAACAAGGAUGAAAGCUAAAUUCAAAAGUACGAGGAUCGAAAUAGAAAACAAGCGACGAUGAUAUGGUAAAGAUUGACACACACUCUUAUCAAAGAAAUUAGUGACAAAUGGGGUAAUCUAAUCUUGAUUAUUAGUAUGCUUGUUCAUAAAUUGAUCCUCAUACUUUGUCAUUGACUACACAUUGAAAAUUC